CUUUUCUUGAAAAAGUACCCACCACUAGAUGGCAUUUUGACCUUGACCUUAAAAUCUUCUUUGUUAUUUUAUAUCAUUUUCGGGUUUUCUGGCUGCUCUGCCACAGGCUUCCCAAUGAAAAAAUAGGCAGGUUGACCAGAUGUACAGUAUGAUGGAGGUUGACUGCUUGCUCAUUCAAGGUGUGCCAUAUGUAGAUACCAGCAAGAACUCCCUCCUCUGUUCCAGUGGUUCCUUCUCUGAGGGCCAGACAGCAUUAAAGGUGCUAGCACAGUGUAAUUUAGUGAGUGAAAAUGUCACCUCAACCUAUGUCUCCCUCAAAGCAUUUUUACUCAUGAUACUGAAAGAUGUGGAGCUAAAGUCAUUGGCCAGUCAAGACAGUGAGGUGUAUGCUGGUAUUCUGGCAGAGGUCUGCAAUGUUUACUAUGACUAUAUAAUGGAGAGGAGUACCCCCAACCAGGCUGACCACAUCACAGUGGACAUGGGGACUGGUCAUCUGCGGUCAAACCUAGACCAACACAAAGGUCACCAUGUCAGUAAACACAAUGCUGGUAUGACUGUUAAGAAUCAACAGCAGAAACAAAAUAAGGCAACUCAGAGUGGAACUCCUGUGUUUUUGUCUCCUGAUGGUAUAGAAAAAAGAAACACAACUGGUGCUAAUGACAACAGUGAAAGUGAGACUUCAGUGGAUAUCACUGUAAAACAAGAGGUUUGUUCUGAUGAUGAAGAUGAUGAUGUUGUGGUCAUUGAAAAAGAAACUGGCCGAGACACCUCAUCAGUAACACCUUCAAGAUAUCAGGUAUUUUACAUGGGUGCUAAAUCUCCAUCAAAUGAUCAUGCAAAAUCUAGUCGUGUGGAUGUCCUUCCAUCUCAAAAGGAACUUUCAUUAAUGGGAAUAACUGGAGUAUACUCACAGAUCCCAGCAGUUCAGCAAAUUCCAGUACCACCACCUAGUGUUCAGCACAGUAUUGCCUCCCCUCCCCGUCCUAUGUCCCUCCUUGAUGUUGAAGCCUACACAAACCCUGUAGUAAGUGAGCACCACUUUUCAGUCCCUCACAGGAGUCCACAAGAGGAAACCUCCCAGCACAUUGCCACCAGCGGUAACAAGUUCACCAGGCAACUAGAGCUUUGUGAUCCCAAUAAAAGAAAUGAGUGCCAUGAGUAUGUGUGUAGUGUUUGUAGCCAGACUUUAUCCUCGUAUGAUGAUUAUGUCCAGCAUGCAUCUCAGCACACAAACUUACCUCCAGUCAAUGCUGGAGUUGCUGUAGCUGGACAAACGAAUUGGCACAGGCCAAAGACUCCUCCUCCUUCUGUGCAACAGCAGCAGCAGCAACAACUUGUACAAAAACAGCAAGUUCGGACACCAAAGCAACAACAACAAGAGCAGCAAACCAGUGCAAUCCAAACUAAAACUAAAUUUAAGUCUAGUGGCAUUAGUUCUGCUUCCAGAUCCAGCAGUGUGCUCAGUAUAGGGAUAAAUCAGCCUAGGGUAGCAUCAUUCUCCAACAACAGGGGAAGGAGUGUGAAAAAACACAACUGUCCCAUAUGUGGUAAAUAUUUCUGCACCACCAGUGGCCUUGUUACUCAUAUCCGCACCCACACUGGGGAGAAACCAUUUGUAUGUUCGUUUUGUAAUAAACGCUUCAAUGAUCGCUGCAAUGUGAAAAGACAUGAACGUAUCCACACUGGGAACACGCAGACUCUCUGCCCAGUGUGUAAGAAAAAGUUUCGUACUGUGAAAGAACUGCGGCAGCACAUGGCUAUGAGUCAUCCUCCAUUUCCAGCAGUCAUGGAUACAGCUGAUACUAAAAUUACCAGCCCAAACAAACUUUAACAUGUCACAUAGCUUUUGGAUAUUGUCAGGACAAUCAAAAUAUUUGUUUACAUGUUAUCUAUUUUAAUGAUUAAUAUUAAGUUAUAUAAAUAUGAGUUAGAAGAUGAUUUCAGAAAAAUAUUCUUAAUGGUUUUUUUAUUGGUGAUUAUAUUAUGUACAGACUCUUGUUUCUACACAUUAGAUUAUUACAAUUCUAAGUUUCAAUUAAUGCCAUUUCCUAUUGGCGUGGUAACAUGGAAUUGGAGUCAUUUUGUUUUAGUUUUGACCUGUUAGAGGAAACAAUGAGGCAAAAAUGUAGCUCAAGUUCAGUUUGUCAAUGGCCUUGAUUGAAUGGUGUUUUUUUACUUCUAAUUUUAAGUAUGUAUUUUUGCCAUGAUAGCCCCAUUUGAACACUAAAAUGGGGCAAGUGAAAUUACAUUUUCUGUCAAACUUGCUGGAUUUAUUUGUCAAACUUGAUGGAUUCAUUUGUGGAGUUAUUAUUUUAGGAAAAUGCCAAAAGUAUUAUUAUAGCUUAACUAGCUUAGUUUCAAAGGCACCAUGUUGUUUUUAAACUUUUAUCAAGAAAAAUGUCUCUAUACUAAAUUGAGCCUAAAAGAAAAAAUAAUUUAAAUUUUUCUUGAAUAAUUUGUUUGUAUUGACAUGGUCAGCAGUUGAAAUCCACAUCAUCCAAAUUUUAUUUAUUUAUUUAUUCAUUUGUAUGCAUGUGUUUUUGCAUGUAUUUUUGUACUACAUAUAACACAACUGAUGAGUUAUUAACAAGUCCCCAAUAAUUCCCCCUCUCCCCUUCCCCCUUAAACCCCCAGCAGUGAUAUGUACUCCAAAUCCAGCCUAAACUGAUUGGACGUUAUACAUUGUUACAGCCUCCUUAUUUAGUAAGAUCGUUUCAUUAUGUUUUAUUAAUGUAAAACAUUGAUUCAUUUAUAUAAUUUGAGUUAUUUGUUAUCCGUUCAGCUUUGAUCCAGGUUGUACAGGUGUGUACAAUUGACAGUUUUACCUCCUUUGUUUUUAUUUAAGAGAUUUAAAAUAUUUAAUAAGAUCUAUAUGUAAUUGCAUAUCAUAUUUUGAGACUUGCAACAGUUAGACUUUUUGUCGGCGUCCAAAAAUCAACCGAAGCAAAGCAAAUUAUGAAAAUUCAAAGCCGUUGCAACAGCGUUUAAAACCGUCUGUUGUUUCAAAGUUCCUAACUUAGUUGGUGAUUAUAGGAAACGAAAAUUAUCGCAAUUUUAUUAAUUUCAGACAUAUCUUUUUCUUAAGUCUGUAUUUGAUAUUAAUCCUUUCUUAAGAAAUUAUUAGUACUGUACAGUAAUUAAUAAAUUCUGGAAUGUUAUGUGCAUGUUUGUUUAUACAUUGUAUGCUACAUAAAGAAAUAUUUGCAUGCAUCUGCACUGCAUAUAUUUUAUACACAUUUCAUUGUCUGUUUCUACUUCGCACUUCCAUAUAUAACUUUCGCAUUUUCAUUCAAUAAAGAUUCAAACCAGUUCAUAUGCAUCUAAUUUGUAUU